AUGACCCUGUGUACAAGGAUGCAUUUAAACCAUCUUAGUCGAAGGAGAAGCAAGGUGUUUUCCAGAAGUCAGAAGAAUGAAACUCAGACCGAGGAUCAUCCAAAAGACCAAGGUAACACUGCACCAAUUGGCAACAUCGGUGCAAAAGAUAAAGGGGAUGAGUCAGAAAAGAAGGAUGUUGAGAGCAUAGAGGACAAGGUUGUUGAGGUGGAUAAAGGUAAAGGAGUAGCUGACCAGACAAUUGUCACUCGUCCGGUUACAGGGACCCUGCCUCAGAUCCCUAUUAAUCUUGAUGGUUCUGUUAAUCUUGGAAAGAUGUCUCCUACAGAGAAGCUCAUUCUCUACAAGUCUAGGCUAGUCAAGAUCUGUGGGUGGCGGUCGGGUGGCAUUCCGGUGGUUGGGCGGUGGUUAGCCGGAAAAAGGGGUCGCUGGGGCGGCGGGCCGGAGGUGAGCGGCGACCGGGAAGCUGGGUGCAGUAGUAGCGGCGACGGAGCCCAAGCGAAGGGCCCGCAGGCAGCGGGAGGUCGGGGGCUGGGAGCGGUGAGCACAGGUGCAGCGGAGGCUGCUGGCGGAGUGGCGGCCGAGGGUCGGGGGGGCCGGAGGCCGGGGAGGUUCGGGUUGGUGGCAGGGGCCAGGAGCCGAUAG